AUGGAAGCACCUCAGGAAGUCCUGCGACGAGCCCAGCGGCGACGCAAGAGAUGUUGCAUCUCGACUGCUGUCGCAGCUGCGACGGUUGUUCUUCUCGCGAUCGUCAUACCGUGUGCACUGCUACUUUCGGACAUACAGCCCGGACCAACCCAGCCAGCAGCCAUAUUGCUUCCUCUUUACAUCUAUCCAUCGCGUAAUGCGUGGGAACCGUUGUUCAAUGCGGUCUCUACAAAUCAGGAGGUCAAUUUCACCGUGAUUGUCAACCCUGACAGCGGUCCGGGGCAGUCGGCAGGCCCUGGGAACGACUACGUCUCUGCCAUCAGCAGGCUGACGGCGGCUCCGAACGUUCAAACAGUGGGAUACGUUCGGACUGGCUACGGUACAAGGGACAUCGAUACAGUACUACGCGAUGUCGACAUAUACUCCCGUUGGAGCCAGCUGGCCAACGGUCUGGCCGUGAGCGGCAUCUUCUUCGACGAAGCCCCGCACGACUACUCUCAGCAAAAGCAACAGUACAUGGCUACGGCCAACCAAGCCGUCAAAGAAUCGACUGGCAUCCGAGAACCCAGGCUGAUCAUUCACAACCCGGGCACAAUCCCGGAUGCCACACUAGACGUCGACAGCACCGAUGUGACGGUAGUGUUCGAGAAUUCUUUCCAAGAAUUUGAGCGCAAGAAGGAGGCUCUGCGCGCAUUGUCAGGCGAUCGACCCGAUUAUAGUGUGAUGGUUCACUCCGUGCCAACAGGAGAGAGCAUAGGCAAGCUGUUGCGAGAUAUGAGUCGGGAAGCGAAGUACAUGUUUUUGACGACCGCGGACGAAGGCUACUAUGACCACUUCAGCAGCAGUUGGGCCACAUUCGUAGACCUUAUGCGCUCGUGA